AGAUGCUAGGGCACGAAAGACCUUUUUCAACUUUUGGUUCGGCUGUGACUCUUGCAUGCAUGUCCAGUUGUUCUGUUACAUUAGGACAGCAGAAGAUUCAGAGCACGCCAGCUCCUCUCACACACACAGUACAGUGACAGUCCACUCUUCCUCUCUAGUCUCUACUCUAUGCUCCAUUCCCAUGCAUGAGAUGGGCGGUCAAAGGCUUCUGCUCCUCCUGGCUCUCCUCCUGACACUUGUCGCCACGGCGGUCAUCGGAGAAGGCGACGUCGUCGCCGCCGGCAGCGCAGGCGGGGCCAACGCCACCGACGCGGAACCGCCCAGCGGGAGGCUCGACGUGCGGGCCAGGAAGCGAUGGCGGUUCCCGGCGACGGAGGGCAUUGUCAGGGGCAGCGAGCGGAGGGUGCCCAACUCGUCGGACCCUCUACACAACCGCUGAUGCGUCGAUACCUGUCACUCAUGCAUGCCUUCGUGGUGUUUCUUGUGUUGCUUCUGAUGCUUUUUUGGCCGCAGAAUGUGGCGUUGUGUUCAUACUUGAGAGAAUCGAAUUGCGUAUACAAGUAAAUGUAGCUGAUUUUGAUUUAGCUGGUUUGCCAUCUCGAGUGCUUGUAAUCAGAAAUCCAUCGGCAUUUUACACGGUGUCGGUAUAUAAAUUUGCUUCAGUUCGUCUUAGCUGAAUCAUCUGAAGUGCAGUUCAUAGUGGAGCUAUGCUAUGAUCUGAGCCGACCAAGUGAUCAUUCGAU